AUCCUGAACAUGGAAGACGACCAGAACUGGUACAAGGCUGAGCUGGAUGGCUGCGAGGGCUUCAUCCCCAAAAACUACAUCCAGGUCAAGCCACACUAUGGGCAGCACGUCCAGCACUUCAAGGUGCUCAGGGAGAGGAAUGGGAAAUAUUUCCUCUGGGAGGAAAAGUUCAACUCCCUCAACGAGCUGGUGGAUUUCUACAGGACAACCACCAUGGCCAAAAAUCAGCAGAUCUUCCUCUGGGAUGAGGACCAGAGCCAAGAGGGGAGCAGACCCAAACUGGUGCAAGCCCAGUUUGAUUUCCCAGCCCAGGACAGGUCCCAGCUGCCCUUCCUCCGUGGGGACAUCAGCGAGGUCCUGGCCUGCCCCCAUCCCCACUG